GUCUGAUUCUCGUGUCUGCUGCACGCCACCCACCCGACUUCGACACAUGCACGCACACGCGGCGCCGCCGUAGAAGCAGGCCAAAGUCCUUCUACCGGCCUUCCCUAUGCAGAUUUCCUUACGCGGCCCCCUUCCCCCCCCUCACCCUGCCCCUCGUCGACCGAAACAUUCCAUAUGGAGGGGGAGACAAAACGCGCGACGGGCCACGCAAAACACUGCGCCAAAUGUAGCCGCCAUGGUUGCAGAGGCCAAGCUGGGGCUGAGCCUCCACUGUCGACGCCAUUGCUUGCGACCGGUGGUUUAACGGUGAUGACUCGGCCGAGAAGAUGAGCCUUGACAAGAGAAGAAUACGGAUUCCCUGUUGGAGAAGAGAUCGAGAGAAUAGAGAGAAAGAGAGAGGGAGGGGCGAACCACAUCUGCCACAACAUUGCAGCAAGAGACUCUUUCUCUUUCUCUCUCUCUCUCUCUCCCAGACCGAUGCGCCAUGAGCCAAAUGGCCGACAUUCUCGAAACCCCAACUCCAAAAGGGAACAUGCUGGUUUUCCUUACUUGGCGACCUCUCUCUGCUACUGCUGCAUGACUGCGCACGUCAAUGCUUUGCCAGUCCAACACAACAAGUAGCUUGGCCGCCCUGGGCAGCUUGGCCCGAUUUAAUGAUGAUAGAUCGGACAGCCAUUUCUCUCUCUGUAUCUGCUCAGCCGGGAGGCAUGUCCCGCUGCGACCAUCCGUUCGCGCCAAGCUGCCCGGCACACACCCAAUCCCACGCUCAAAAAAAACACCAAAGCUUGCAACAUGGCGUUUUCUUUUGGUCAGGCGCGCAGGCUAGAGUGAGCACAUCUUCUUCCAUAACAGUCUUGAUCGACAAAAUGCCCGUCUUUACCUGGCCUGUCUCGUCUCACUUUUAGAUCGUGAGAAUGAAUUGUUCAUAUCUUCCCUCGCAACCUGCUGCACUCAUCUCAGAACAAGAACCUAGCUUGAUGAGCUUUGCCUGUGAGAUGACCAAGGGAGGGGCUGGAUGACGUCUUACGCCUCUUCCGGUCUUCGGAGCCCCGCCCCGCACCCGUCACCCGAACAUAUCGACAUGCCCCGCCUCCGGCAUCUCUGUCCGAGGCCACCCGCCCCCUCCUCCUCUUCCUGAGUACUCUCCCCAUUGUCGACUCAUACGCGCGCGCCCGUAUUUCUAAUCCAAUCACCCACCUCUUCAAAAAGACGCUGACUAAACAUCACUCGUGCCCGCAUCGGAAGCUCUCAUCUCAUCAAAGAAUAAGUCAGAAAAAAAAAACACAAAGUGCCCCCAUCGCCAGAACCUCCAGCUUUAACUCAAGGCCAUCGUCGCUCAUGCCCCUCGUCGCAAGACUCUCGAGACCGCUCUCAUCAACCCUCGCCACCAGACUGCCCCUCGCCGCAUCCCGCACCCCGCGCCCGUUCCACACCUUGCCGCACCUCGCCCGACCCCUCAGCCCGGCCCCUCACUUCACAAUGGCCUCCUCCUCGGUCCCGCAGACCAUGAACGGCAUCCGCAUCCCCCGCACCGGCGGCACCGACGUCCUCGACCACCACACUGACCUCCCCGUCCCCGUCCCCGCCGCCGGCGAGGUCCUCGUCCGCAACGCCUACGCCGGCGUCAACUUCAUCGACACCUACUUCCGCACCGGCCUCUACCCGGCCCCCCUGCCCAUCGUCCUCGGCCGCGAGGGCGCCGGCACCGUCGUCUCCGCCCACUCCACCGUCGACCCGGACGCCUUCCGCCCCGGCGACCGCGUCGUCUACAUGGGCAACUUCGGCUCCUACGCCGCCUACUCCGCCGUCCCCGCCGCCCAGCUCGUCCGCGUCCCCGAUGCCCUGCCCACCGAGACCGCCGCCGCCGCCUUCCUCCAGGGCCUCACCGCCUGGACCUUUGUCCGCGAGGCCGCCGAGGUCAAGCCCGACGAGUGGGUCGUCGUCCACGCCGCCGCGGGCGGCGUCGGCCUGCUCCUCGUGCAGAUGCUGCGCGCCGUCGGCGCCCGCGUCAUCGCCGCCGCGAGCACCGACGACAAGUGCGCCCUCGCCGAGCGCAACGGCGCCGGCUGGGUCGUCAACUCGCGCGAGCAGGACCUCGUGCAGGAGGUCAAGCGCAUCACGGGCGGCCACGGCGCCGACGUCGUCUUCGACGGCGUCGGAAAGGCCACCUUUGACGGUGACCUGGAGCUGGCGGCGCGCAAGGGCCGGCUGGUCAUCUUUGGCAACGCGUCCGGCGCCGUGCCCCCCUUCGACAUCCUCAAGCUCGGCCAGAAGAACCUCAAGAUCAUGCGCCCUGUUGUCAACAACUACACCGCCACGAGGGACGAGCUGGAGAAGUACAGCGCCGAGCUGUUCGACAUGAUCACCUCGGGCAAGCUCGAGAUCGCCGUCCACAAGACGUACCCGCUGCGCGACGUCAAGACGGCGCACGCCGACAUUGAGAGCCGCAAGACGACGGGCAAGCUGCUCCUCAAGCACGAAUGAGGUUCUUCUUUGAGACAAUUUGGGGUUUUUGACAACGAACUAAGUAAUCGUCAACUACAAAAAAUGAAUAAAAGACAAGAAAAAACAUACAUACACACACACAAACCAAAGCAGACUUCUUUGUUUUGCGAAGU